AUAAACAUAUGAUAUGAAUAUCAUUCUGAAGAGUUUGGGUUGUCUGUAUUUGGAUUAGGGUUUUAUCAUUUGGGGCUUAGGGUUUCCAAUUUCAAUUUUUAUUUUUUAAUUCAAAAUCGCGAAUGGAGACUUCUCUCAGAUAUGGUGGUUAUUCCAAUUCUCUACGAAUCCACGCCAAGGAAAAAUUGCCAAUUGACUCCAAUACCUACUUGCAGGUCCAUGGAGAGCUAGAUACAAGAAUUGGAGCUCCGAGUUAUUUUAGUGCAGUGAUAAGGCAUUUCUACCCAGAAUUAUCAGCAAGCCUUGGGGUUGGCGCACAAUAUGAUAGGCGUGAGAAGCUACGGUACAGUGUACGUGGAAAAAAGUCAUUUCCAGUCACAACUAAUGGCCUGUUAAGCUUUAAUAUUAAGGGAAAAUGUGAUGUGGACAAAGAAUUUAAAGAGACAAAGUCAAGAGCAGCUGCUGAAUUUUCUUGGAGUGUAUUCAAUUUUCAGAAGGAGCAAGACGUCAGGCUAAAACUUGGCUAUGAAGUGCUUGAAAAGGUUCCGUAUCUGCAGAUCAGGGAAAACAAUUGGACUUUCAAUGCUGAUGUUAAUGGUAGAUGGAAUGUGAGAUUUGACUUGUGAGAAACAGAGCUUCAAUAUUUUGAAGGGGUAUCUUGAGCCAUGGAGAGUGACGUAGUUGAUUGAAUUUGAAGGACAUACAGAUUCAGUAAGGGUAUGGAUCAUCAUGACAUUGACGUUCGUAUGUGGUGGUAUUCAAAUGAAUAUUGAUUAUUUAUACAGAAACUGUUAAAUGUAUGCUAUUUAUUACAUAGGUGUAGAAUUAAGAGAAAACAAGAGAAGGGAAAGGAACUUUUGAUCCCUAGUAUAGUAACCACUCUUCGUAAUAUAUCACUACUUUAUAGUACCAUGAACUCAAUGUGGACAAGCACUGUAUUGGAAUUCAAAGCUGCCUUUAAAAAGGAAAAUAUAGAAGCAAUGCUCUUAUAAAAAAUGGAAGCACUGCUUUGGAGGA